AUGCACAUCCAAGCCCUUCUCUCUACUUAUGAAGAAGCUUCAGGGCAAAAGCUGAAUAGAGACAAAGCCACUCUAUUUUUCAGUAAAAACACAGAUAGUGAGAUCCAAGAUUCCAUUAAAGACCUACUAGGUGUUCUUGAAAUCAAGCAAUAUGAAAAGUAUUUAGGCUUACCAUCUUUUGUGGGAAGAAACAGAAAAGCAAGUUUGGCCUUCAUCAAAGAACAGGUUUGGAAGAAGCUUCAAGGAUGGAAGGAGAAACUCCUAUCCCAAACUGGGAGGGAAGUUCUUUUAAAGGCGGUGGUGCAAGCCAUCCCAACGUAUUCUAUGAGCUGCUUUAAGCUUCCUAUUACACUAUGCCAUGAGAUUGAGGCUAUGGUUAGGAAGUUUUGGUGGGGUCAACAAGGUACUAGAAGGCGCAUUCGUUGGGUUAAAUGGAGUACAAUGUGUAGGCCUAAAUCUCUUGGUGGCAUGGGUUUUCGAGAGCUCCAAAAGUUCAAUGAUGCUAUGCUAGGCAAGCAAGUUUGGCACUUAUUGCAAAAUCAAGACUCUCUAUUUUUUAAGUUCUUCAAAGGCAAAAUUUUCCCUCAUGGGACCAUUUUUGAUGCCAAGGAAAAUAAAGGGUCUUUUGCUUGGAAAAGUAUUUUGAAGGGAAGAGAUGUCAUUAGGCAAGGGUUAAAAUGGAGGAUAGGGAACGGUUCUAAGGUUCAUAUUUUUAGUGAUGCUUGGCUGCCUGGACAUCGGCAAGGCAAAGUUAUAUCCCCUGUUGCAGAUGGCUAA